AUGAGAUUAGCGUCAUGGUCCACACCGCUCUGGGCGACACGCAGGCGACACGCGGGCAACAAGCAGGCGACACGCAAGCAACACGCAGGGGACACGCAGGCGACACGCAGACGACACGCAGACGACACGCAGGCGACACGCGGGCGACACGCGGGCAACAAGCAGGCAACAAGCAGGCGACAAGCAGGCGACACGCAGGCGACACGCAGGGUACACGCAGGCGACACGCAGACGACACGCAGACGACACGCAGACGACACGCAGGCGACACGCGGGCGACACGCGGGCAACAAGCAGGCAACAAGCAGGCGACAAGCAGGCGACAAGCAGGCGACACGCAGGCGACAAGCAGGCGACACGCAGGCGACACGCAGGGGACACGCAGGCGACACGCAGGGGACACGCAGGCGACACGCGGGCGACAAGCAGGCGACACGCAGGCGACACGCAGGGGAUACGCAGGAGACACGCAGGGGAUACGCAGGGGAUACGCAGGAGACACGCAGGCGACACGCAGACGACACGCAGGCGACACGCAGGCGACACGCGGGCAACAAGCAGGCGACAAGCAGGCGACAAGCAGGCGACACGCGGGCGACACGCAGGCGACACGCGGGCAACAAGCAGGCGACACGCAGGCGACACGCAGGGGACACGCAGGCGACACGCAGACAACACGCAGACGACACGCAGGCGACACGCGGGCGACAAGCAGGCGACAAGCAGGCGACACGCAGGGGACACGCAGGCGACACGCAGACGACACGCAGGCAACACGCAGGGGACACGCAGGAGACACGCAGGGGAUACGCAGGAGACACGCAGGCGACACGCAGGAGACACGCAGGCGACACGCAGGCGACACGCAGGCGACACGCAGGAGACACGCAGGCGACACGCGGGCGACACGCGGGCGACACGCAGGCGACACGCGGGCAACAAGCAGGCGACACGCAGGCGACACGCAGGGGACACGCAGGCGACACGCAGACAACACGCAGGCGACACGCAGGGGACACGCAGGAGACACGCAGGGGAUACGCAGGAGACACGCAGGCGACACGCAGGAGACACGCAGGCGACACGCAGGCGACACGCAGGCGACACGCAGGAGACACGCAGGCGACACGCGGGCGACACGCAGGCGACACGCGGGCAACAAGCAGGCGACACGCAGGCGACACGCAGGGGACACGCAGGCGACACGCAGACAACACGCAGACGACACGCAGGCGACACGCGGGCGACAAGCAAGCGACAAGCAGGCGACACGCAGGGGACACGCAGGCGACACGCAGACGACACGCAGGCGACACGCAGGGGACACGCAGGAGACACGCAGGGGAUACGCAGGAGACACGCAGGCGACACGCAGGAGACACGCAGGCGACACGCAGGCGACACGCAGGAGACACGCAGGGGAUACGCAGGAGACACGCAGACGACACGCAGGCGACACGCAGGCGACACGCAGGAGACACGCAGGCGACACGCAGACGACACGCAGGCGACACGCGGGCGACACGCAGGCGACACGCGGGCAACAAGCAGGCGACAAGCAGGCGACACGCGGGCGACACGCAGGCGACACGCAGGCGACACGCGGGCAACAAGCAGGCGACACGCAGGCAACACGCAGGGGACACGCAGGCGACACGCAGGCGACACGCAGGAGACACGCGGGCGACAAGCAGGCGACACGCAGGGGACACGCAGGCGACACGCAGACGACACGCAGGCGACACGCAGGGGACACGCAGGAGACACGCAGGGGAUACGCAGGAGACACGCAGGCGACACGCAGGAGACACGCAGGCGACACGCAGGCGACACGCAGGAGACACGCAGGGGAUACGCAGGAGACACGCAGGGGAUACGCAGACGACACGCAGGCGACACGCAGGGGACACGCAGGAGACACGCAGGGGAUACGCAGGAGACACGCAGGCGACACGCAGGAGACACGCAGGCGACACGCAGGCGACACGCAGGAGACACGCAGGGGAUACGCAGGAGACACGCAGGGGAUAUGCAGGGGACACGCAGGCGACACGCAGGAGACACGCAGGCAACACGCAGGCGACACGCAGGAGACACGCAGGCGACACGCAGGAGACACGCAGGCGACACGCAGGCGACACGCAGGCGACACGCAGGGGACACGCAGGAGACACGCAGGGGAUACGCAGGAGACACGCAGGCGACACGCAGGAGACACGCAGGCGACACGCAGGCGACACGCAGGAGACACGCAGGGGAUACGCAGGAGACACGCAGGGGAUACGCAGACGACACGCAGGCGACACGCAGGGGACACGCAGGAGACACGCAGGGGAUACGCAGGAGACACGCAGGCGACACGCAGGCGACACGCAGGAGACACGCAGGGGAUACGCAGGGGAUACGCAGGAGACACGCAGACGACACGCAGGCGACACGCAGGCGACACGCAGGAGACACGCAGGCGACACGCAGACGACACGCAGGCGACACGCGGGCGACACGCAGGCGACACGCGGGCAACAAGCAGGCGACAAGCAGGCGACACGCGGGCGACACGCAGGCGACACGCGGGCGACACGCAGGCGACACGCGGGCAACAAGCAGGCGACACGCAGGCAACACGCAGGCGACACGCAGGCGACACGCAGGAGACACGCGGGCGACAAGCAGGCGACACGCAGGGGACACGCAGGCGACACGCAGACGACACGCAGGCGACACGCAGGGGACACGCAGGAGACACGCAGGGGAUACGCAGGAGACACGCAGGCGACACGCAGGAGACACGCAGGCGACACGCAGGCGACACGCAGGAGACACGCAGGGGAUACGCAGGAGACACGCAGGGGAUACGCAGACGACACGCAGGCGACACGCAGGGGACACGCAGGAGACACGCAGGGGAUACGCAGGAGACACGCAGGCGACACGCAGGAGACACGCAGGCGACACGCAGGCGACACGCAGGCGACACGCAGGAGACACGCAGGGGAUACGCAGGAGACACGCAGGGGAUACGCAGGCGACACGCAGGCGACACGCAGGAGACACGCAGGCAACACGCAGGCGACACGCAGGAGACACGCAGGCGACACGCAGGAGACACGCAGGCGACACGCAGGCGACACGCAGGAGACACGCAGGGGACACGCAGGAGACACGCAGGGGAUACGCAGGAGACACGCAGGCGACACGCAGGAGACACGCAGGCGACACGCAGGCGACACGCAGGAGACACGCAGGGGAUACGCAGGAGACACGCAGGGGAUACGCAGGGGACACGCAGGCGACACGCAGGAGACACGCAGGCAACACGCAGGCGACACGCAGGAGACACGCAGGCGACACGCAGGAGACACGCAGGCGACACGCAGGCGACACGCAGGCGACACGCAGGCGACAUGCAGGAGACACGCAGGCGACACGCAGGAGACACGCAGUCGACACGCAGGAGACACGCAGGCGACACGCAGGAGACACGCAGGCGACACGCAGGCGACACGCAGGAGACACGCAGGCGACACGCAGGCGACAUGCAGGAGACACGCAGGCGACACGCAGGCGACACGCAGGCGACACGCAGGAGAAACGCAGGCGACACGCAGGAGACACGCAGGCGACACGCAGGCGACACGCAGGAGACACGCAGGCGACACGCAGGAGAAACGCAGGCGACACGCAGGAGACACGCAGGCGACACGCAGGCGACACGCAGGAGACACGCAGGAGACACGCAGGAGACACGCAGGAGACACGCAGGCGACACGCAGGCGACACGCAGGCGACACGCAGGCGACACGCAGGCGACACGCAGGCGACAUGCAGGAGACACGCAGGCGACACGCAGGAGACACAAACGUUGUGGAAUAG